AUGGCCGAUGACGGAGAUAAUUUGUUAUGUGCUUCAGAGGUAUUAAAAUUAUGCGACAAAGAGAUUUCCUCGACUGAUGCUGAAAACCAAUUGCGAAAAGUUGCCGAGAAAAGUGUGGAUGAUCGUUGUAGAGAAAAUCUUGGUGUGAGUGGCGAUCUCAAGACAAUGAUCAACACAGUUUCUGGUUUAAAAGUUACAUCAGAUGCUUCGAAUCGGAUAGAUACUCUUGGGUCUGCGAUUGAUGCAUUAUCUCAAAAGGGUAAAAAACUGAAGAAGUCAAUGAAUACAUCGUUGUUCGCAACGGAAACUGAGCUGCUCGGAAUCUGUGCAACAACAACGCGAGAAACUCUUCAUAGUAUGAAUGGAAAUUAUAUAAUUGAUCCGGUCGAAACGGCAAAAAGAAUUGCCCAUAAAAUCGACGAAGUCAUGAAAUCCAACACGAGGGACUUGCGAAAAGUUGAGAUCGAAGGAGAAGAAGUCAAUGAAUAUUUAUCUGCCGCAUUAGAUCAAAUUGAAGGGCUGCAUAAUGAAGAACUCGAGCGCAAUUUCGAUUUUCAUGGGGCCGAUUCAUUUGCAGUCCGACUGGCAUUUCUUGACAAACAUUUCAAUGAGUUCGAGUACGUAGCAGCAGCAGAAAACAGGAAAAAGUUGUUCACAGUUGACGAAGCGAAACGUUUUGCGAAAGCGAGUAUUCAACCUACAAUGUGGGAAUAUCCUACUCCGCUCAGUUUUAUGCUUCCAAUGGUAAAUGUCGAAAAAAUCGAGAAAGCGAAAAAACCUCCAGUCAAAAAAAUUGAGAGAGAUUCGAAAAAAGAAAAACCGCAGCUUGUAAGGCUAACAGACAGGUCAUCAAAUGCAACUGUCCAAUAUGAAGAGGUGUCCAUUAUGAAAGAGUUGGAACAUGUGUAUAAGAGUUUACGCUCUUCGCUGAAAGAACGCAAUACUGACAGUAUUCCCUAUUACGAGUUUAUUUUAAAUCCGGAUGAUUUCGCCAAAACAGUUGAGAACAUGUUUUACGUCUCGUAUAUAAUUCGCGAUCGUCGUGCUUAUUUGGUGCUUGAAGAUGGCAGGCCAAUGCUCAAAUCGGCAAAAUCGCUUGACGAGAAAACGAAAGAAAAAAUGGACGAGUCAAGCCAGGCACAAGGCAUUUCAAAUCUCAAUUAUCACCAAUGGACGAUGCUCCGAAAUAAGUUCAAAACAGCCUGUAUCGCUCCAAAGACAAUUUGA